CUCAGUCUGAGUACUGAUGUAUUCAUGUGUGUCCUCUGUCGUAUGAAAUCUCAGUGGAUCCUGACAGCGUAUUUUAAGAUGUUCAUUCAUUCCUCUUUAUACUGAAAGCACAGUCAGUAAAGUUGUAAAGUAAUCCGAGCAGCGUCUGAAGCACCUGAUUGAAACUAUCCGUUUAAUGAAUGAGGGAUCACGACAUCGCUCUGCACUCUCCAGCAUCAUUUCAUUUUCCAUCAGAUUUGGACGAUCUGAACCGGAUCGCUGCAGUACAGCUGUGCGCGCACUGCACGGAUCUUCUUCUCCAUAAGCAGAAGAGUUGUGAUAGAGUUUUGCAGACGAGCACCAGCACUAUGGAUUACUUUUUAUUUCGGCUCUUCUAUAUAUUGGCAUUGUCGUCGCUGCUAGUUCAAAGGGCAUAUUCAAAUGAUAUCCUGGGACUGAAGAUCCCCUUUGACCCUAUUCUCAAUGCCAACACGGUGUGCUUGACUCUUCCUGGCCUGACAAAGAAACAGCUGGAUGUGUGUAUGCGACAUCCAGAUGUGACAGCCUCUGCCAUACAGGGCAUCCAGAUCGGCAUUCAUGAGUGCCAGCAUCAGUUCAGAGGACAUCGCUGGAACUGCUCCAGCCUGGAGACCAGGAAUAAGAUUCCAUACGAGAGUAUUGUCUUCAGCAGGGGUUUCAGAGAAAGUGCAUUUGCGUACGCCAUUGCGGCGGCCGGUGUGGUGCAUGCCGUGUCCAAUGCCUGCGCUAUGGGCAAACUGAAGGCCUGUGGGUGUGAUGAGAAACGGCGAGGGGACGAGGAGGCGUUCAGGGUGAAACUCAACCGUCUGCAGCUGGAGGCCAUCAACCGCGGUAAAGGGAUGGUUCACGGGGUGAUGGAACACUUCCCUGCAGACACUCUUGGCCCCCAGGACUCCUGGGAAUGGGGCGGUUGCAGUCCCAAUGUGGAGUUUGGUGAACGCUUCUCCAAGGACUUCCUUGACUCCCGUGAGAUGUACAGGGACAUUCACUCCAGGAUGAGACUUCAUAACAACAAAGUUGGCAGGCAGGUUGUGGUGGACCACAUGAGGAGGAAAUGCAAAUGUCAUGGUACAUCGGGAAGUUGUCAGCUCAAGACCUGCUGGCAGGUGACUCCAGAGUUCAGAACGGUGGGCUCACUGCUGAAGGAGCGCUACAAAAUCGCCACAUUAAUCAAAGCCCACAACAGAAACACAGGUCAGGUGGAGCAUGCCCACCCCUCGCAUCGACGAAGAGCCAACGCAAACGAUCUGAUCUACUUUGAAAAGUCCCCGGAUUUCUGUGAGAGGGACCUAAGAUCGGACUCCGCGGGGACGCAGGGGCGGAUCUGUAACAAGACCAGCCAGGGCAUGGAUAACUGUGAGAGUCUUUGCUGUGGGCGGGGCCACAACAUCUUACAGCAGACUCGCAGAGAACGCUGCAAUUGCAAGUUCCAUUGGUGCUGUUACGUCGUGUGCGAAGAGUGCCGGAUAACAGAGUGGGUCAGCGUCUGCAAAUGAAAUGUCAAAUUGUAAUAAUCUAUUAAAUGUGUAAGCGUGGACAUUAAAUUUAGGGACAGACUGAUAAAAACCUCCUUUUUGCAAUGGACUGCCAUUUCCAUGAUUAGAAUGGAAAGCACAAAUGUGGACUAAGAUGAAUUCAGUGCUAGAGAAGUGUGCACGUCUUUGCACACUGCAUGGGUCCAAGCACAAGAUUUGAGACUGAUUUUGGACCUGCACUGCUUAUAAUUUCAGAAAGUAUUUUUUAUUUAAAUAAAUGAAUAAUAUGAAUAUAUUGUGGAGUAUAUUGCCAACAUUACACUCAUUGACACAGUGUUUUGUUUGUUUUAUUUAGUUUUUUAAAGAAAUCAAUGGCUCGUAGUCCUGUAUGAUAGCACCAAGCAGCUGCAUGGGAUUCCGGUACUUAAAGAAGAGAAAUUAUGUUACAUAUACCUUUGCACAGAGCCAUUUGUCAGAAGAGUUUACCAAACAAACUCUGAGUUUAAGAACGGUAUCAUAUACCAGUUAAUGUUGAUUCAAAAAGGCCAUCAUGUCUGUUUAAAUUUCCAGUGAUUGUAUAUAUAACCACUUUAAUGCUGGUAAAAAUGUAUACUGGUCUUCAAAGGCUUGUUUGCCCUGACACUUUUUAUGCAGAGCACAGGUAAAUUAAUGGAUUUCAGUCAUGUGCAAGCUGUGGAUCAGUCCUUUUGAAAGUGUCCUGUGGUGACCAGGACAUCACUAUUACAUGAAUAUGGACUUUUGCUUUGGACAAAGGCAUUUAAAACACAUCAUUAAACUGAACCUGUGAAGAAGCAGUACAAACCUACACAGAUACUUGUGUGUAUGACAAUUCCCUACAAACGGUUGGUUGUGCUUUUGUUCACUGUAACAGGAACAUAUUCAUCAGAGCUUUUAAUGUCAGUCAGCUAGUAGGUUUUUAGACAAAUGUAUAAAUCACAUUCUGAUCACCACACACAUAAUGUGGUUGCUACAGUAUAGGCCCCCUUAACACACCAACAACAGGAGACACUGCUAACUUUUCUACAUGGCAUUUCAAAAUAUAAAGCUUCACUUUAAGUUGUUUAAAUAUCUUUUCCAUUUGCUCACAUCCUUACAUAAUAUGUCACUGAACUCUGUUCCAACAAUAAUUAGUUAGAUAUUUAAAAGUGAAAGAAAUCUUCAUGGCCAGUGUAAGAAACCUAUAUACAGUUAGUUUUGAGUUGUCUGUUUUUCUGAGGAUACCGUUCACAUGAGUUAAAAAGUCAUAUAAAUGUUCUGUUUUGCAGCACUCAUGUGGAUCAUAUUUCUGCAAACGUUACACAUCAUUUUGACCAAUGAAAACCAAACAGUAAGCAUUUGAACUCUUCUGUAGUAUUUGAUGUAAUCAGCAUUUACCUGUCAAUAGAUUUUAAAGAGAACUCCAACCAAUUUUUAUUUUUGUCCCAUAAUGAAAGAAGAAUAAAUCCUUUUUUGGUCAUUUUACUUUAAUCUGUUAAAGGGAUAGUUCACCCAAAAAUGCCAUCUGAGAUGUGCAUGUCUUGCUUUCUUCUGCAAAGCACUUUUGAAGAUUUGUAGAAAAGAUCAAGGCGCAGCAGGUCCUUAGAAUGGGAGAGGAUGGUGAUUAGAUAUUUGUAGGUCCAAAAAGUACAGAUAGUCAGAAAUGAAGUAAUUCAUCCUAUUUCCAGUGGUGACAUGAAUGUCUUCUAAAGCAAAUUGAUCACUUUGUGUGUGAAAAAGACUGAUAUUUAAGCCCUUUUUAACUAUAAAGGAUCGCUUCCUGUCAGGUGUUGACGAAUGGCCGAAUUUACCCGAGUAUUCCCAAGACCAUCCUCUCCCAUUCUUAGGACCUACUGAACCUGCAUCUUUUCUACAAAUCUUCAAAAACUUUUAACAGAAUAAAGAAAGUCAUACAUUUAUCAAUUAAAUUAUCAGAAUUUUCAUUUUAUGGUGAACUAUCCCUUUAUGUUUCUGUUCUAUCUGUUGUAUUGUUGUAUUUAUUUAUUUGUGUCAUUUUCUCAUGAUGUUCAAAUAUAUGGCAAAACAUAAAAAUAGUACAUUUAAUUUAAAGUCAUGUAAUUAUUUCUUGGAGUUCCUGUUGUUGUUUAUUUUAGGGACAAAAGUUUAAUUCAAUUUGAUUGUUUGCACAUUUUGACCAAUUAUAUCCUGGAGAAGUGACUGACAUGAAAUACUGUGCGGGGCAAAUGCGAUAAUAUGCAUUUUUAUUUUAUUUUAAAAUUGUAUAUUUUUGUUAAGUUUGAAUACAUAAGUUAUUUUAUUUUGUGGAUAACUUAAUAUUUGU